AUGCUUUCCCAGAUCACGAAUGCAUUCCACAGAUGGGGCAUCGCUGUGCUUGGGGCUGGGGGGUGGAAUAAGGCAGCGGCAUUGGAGGGCAGAUGCAGGCAUGUGGCUGUGAUAGAGCUGGUGUGUUCCAGCUGGGGAAGCAGUCUGUGGGUCAAGGGUUAUUGGGAGGGGGAAUGGCUGGCACGGCAAGCAACAGAGGUGAGGGUUGAUGAAGAGUAUGUCUUGUGUGUCAACCUGGUGGGAUGGGUGGGCAAAGAAAGGGGAGCGCCCUCAGCAUGCUACAACGGCGGCCGCACCCCUCCCUGCCACAUCUCAAACGCCAAUAGACCUGUGUCUCUGCCACCGUCCGCCAUCACAGCUCACAUCCCACCGUCCUGCCCACCCCUUCAUCCACUCAGCGCCCACUCUUCAGCCACUGCUGCGCCCUCCUGCUCAACAGCGCCUGCUGCUGCCCUCCUCACAUACUCCCAUACCCUCCUCCUCCUCACUUCUCCCAUACCCUGCGCCCUCCCUCCUUCUUUACUGCUGCGCCCUCCCUCCUCCCUUGCUCUGCUGCUGCCCCCUGCCUGUGCAGUCAUACUCGUGCGCCUCUGCCUUGCAGUCAUACUGCGCGGACCACUGGGGGAUUCCACUCUUGCCCCUGAUGUGCACUCCAACUCUCUGCCGUCACGUUGA